AUGGACGGGGGAAUGAGGAAUGACGGGAGGAUUAACUGGAUGACGGGGCGGGCGCAACGCAGGGGCAACUGGGAGCGGGCGGGGCCUUGCCGGAGUAGCUGGGAGAGGGCGGGGCCUUGCCGGAAUAGCUGGGAGCGGGCGAUGCUUUGCCGGAAUGUAAGGACUGUUGUUUGGUCAGUGCUCACCGCCACGAGCGAACAGUUCCUCCUCUAGAGCACGCACGAAUACCUCGUUUAAAUCAUUACGGCGGUCAAUUAUUGGGUUACUGGAGCAUUUGUCAGUGCUGUGCAGUCUCAGUCUAGCCUGUGGAGAUCAACCUGGUAUACGCGCUGAUCGGCAGGGCGAGGGCAGCACCCAAGCAGAGCACCACAGAGAAGAGCAUGGAUGUGGAUCCGUUCAAGAAGGCGGAGAAUCUUUAUCGUGUGGUGAGCGGGACACAAGUAAGUAGAUGGCCAGCACCUAUGAUGAGCUCGAAGAAGAAGAAGAA